AAAUGCACAGCCCAUGGACGGAGUAACUGCAGAAACUGCCCAUCCACUCCCUCCAGGGGACUGAGCUGGAGAUCAGACUCUUCCAGGAAAGUGAGAUCGCCAUGGCUCUGGACAGACCCCUCAUCCUACUUGUCCUGGGGCUGCUGAUGCUGGGAUUGGCACAGUCUGUUUUGGACAACGAGUCCCCGGCCAAGAAGUUCCAGCGGCAGCACAUAGAUCCAAAACUUCCCCUCAGCAGCACCUACUGCAACAAAAAGAUGGAGCAACAGGACAUGACACAGGGCUGCAAGCCACUGAACACCUUUGUGCACGAACCCCUGAAAAAGAUCCAGGCAGUCUGCUUCCAGGAGAAGGUCACCUGCAAGGACGGGAAGACCAACUGCUACCGGAGCACCUCCAAAAUGCACACCACAGACUGCUCCCUGUUAGAUACAUCCAAGUACCCUGACUGCAAGUACCAGACCGUUCAGAAAGAAAGAUACAUCAUUUUAGCUUGUGAGGGGAACCCAUUUGUGCCAGUCCACUUUGACGCUUCUGUGGAGUAAGGCCAGAGCAGAAUGAAGCACUUCCCCCCAUCGCCAAGCCCAUCAUUUUGACACUGCCAUUCCCUUCCUCCUUCCUUACCAUAAGGGAAACAACUCCAGUUAAGUCUAUUCUCCAACACACACACUUUUUGAGACUUGCUUCUCCAUGGUUUGGGUGGUGGGGUGUCAGGAGUGUGUUGUGGGGGGAGUCCCAUGUUAACCUGAUCACUGUUUCUUUCAAUAAAACUUAGUUGCAACCAA